UAAAACAUGCGUCUGUCUUUGCAGUAAACACAUGAACGCGUUCGUGGAGGACGUGCUGACGAGGAUCCAGGACCUGCUGGAGCUCAGCCCCCCCGAGAACGGGUUCCCGGUGCUGCUCACCAGCGACGACCAGCUGUUCAUGUUCGAGGCGGCGGGGGUUCUGAUCGUUCACGGGGAGAGUCCCGUGGAGAGGAAGACGGCGAUGAUGACGAGCCUCCUGCAGCCGCUGAUGGACGCUUUCAACGUUCUGCUGAACAAACUGAGUCUGGAGCGAGACGAGGAGAAACAGAGCGCCAUCGGAGACUGCCUCAGCCACGCCGUGGGCUUCGCCAGCCGCACCAGCAAGGCGUUCAGCAACAAGCAGACGGUGAAGCUGUCCGGCUGCUCGGAGGUGUAUCGCGGCUGCCUGCAGACCUUCCUCCCUGCGCUCAGCGUGCCGCUGCAGAAAGGCUCUCUGCGCAGCGCCGUCAGAUCCUUCCUGCACCGCAUGAUCAUCUGCAUGGAGGAGGAGGUGCUGCCCUUCAUCCCCUCUGCCUCCCAGCACAUGCUGAAGGGCUGCGAGGCCAGAGACCUGCAGGAGUUCAUCCCCCUCAUCUCACAGAUCACCGCCAAGUUCAAGAUAUUUCGUCGUCCAUAA